GGGGGACGGCCUAGGGUUGGGCAUUAGGUGUUGAAAUGUUUAUUUCUUUGAACACCCGUUGGGUGAAAGGAAAAUGGAUUUUAAAACUAAGCUCAAUGCUUCCCACGCACAUGGGAAAAGAAUGAGCUGUUUUCAUGGGAAGAUGUCCCACACCGUUGUCUACAUCCUUUCAGUCAGUAACAGUGAGUCCAAGUGAGUCUCCAAUGUACAGCAAGUUAUUGUAAAUUUACACGUUUAAUUUUUCACUCCUUGUUAUUUGGCCUGAGAGUCUCCUGGUCAGAAUGAUUAUUUAUUUCUUUCACUCAAGGUCCACAAUAUUAACGCUGUGAAAACAGAUAAGCGUAAUUUGUUGAUACCGUAAAUGGUGUUUACCAAGUACAUCGAGGUGGCGUCGCAUAUAUUGAUUCCAGGCUUGUGUAUGUGUGUGUGUAUGUGUAAAGUAAAUGUGAGUACAUAGGCCUGGGUAGAGAGACAAAUCGAGGCCCGGCAUGGUAAAAGGCCGGGGGAAAACGACACACCACAAGUGACAACGUAUUUUUGUUCAUUUCUUUUCCGUAACGGUUUUUAUUUGUGUGAUUUAUUUUUUAAACAUACGUUGAGUGUAGGUGGUGAAAAAAAAAAAUCAUACAAAUGUGGAGGAAAAUCGGGAGAUGAUGCCGGGCACGUCUCGACAAUUUGCAGCAUCGAACAGUGGUCCUGAAUGGGACAGUCUGAUGGAGGUUCAUCACGAAGCUAUUGAAAAAAAUUAUGAGCUUCUUGAGGAGAUUGGCAAGGGCCAAUUUGCCGUUGUCCGGAAAUGCGUGGAGCUCAAAACAGGUUUGGUUUAUGCUGCAAAGAUAAUGAGGAAGAGAAGAGUGGCGAGGGGAGUAGCUGCAGCUGAUAUAGCACGUGAAGCAGGACUUCUGGCGCAACUUCGUCAUCCCAAUAUUGUUACUCUCCACAAGGUGAUAGACACUGGAAAGACAGUUGUUUUGCUUCUGGAAUUGAUUUCUGAUGGGGAAUUGUUUCACUGGACACCAUCGAGCGAGGCUGAAGCUGCACAUGUCGUUAGACAGGUUUUGAUGGCCCUCAGUCAUUUACACUCGCAUCAAGUGGCUCAUUUGGAUAUUAAACCGGAGAAUAUCCUGUUGUCGACGCCUCCACCUAUGCCAAAUAUUAAAUUAAUAGACUUAGGACUUUCUCAUCGUCUAGCGCCAGGUUCUGAGCUUCGUGCACUUUUUGGUACACCAGAAUUUGUAGCACCUGAAAUCGUUAAUUACGAACCCCUCAGUUUGGGAACUGAUUUGUGGGCAGUUGGGGUGCUAACGUAUAUUCUACUGAGCGGUGCUUCGCCAUUUCUUGGUGAAGAUAAACAAGAAACUUAUGCCAAUGUUGCUGCUUGCCAGUACCAAUUCGAUGAUGAGUAUUUUGGCAAUGUUACGGAAAUUGCCAAGGACUUCAUACGCUCCCUCUUAGUUAAGGAUCCAAAGGAGCGAGGGAGCGCUGAGUCGUGCCUUAAACAUCCCUGGAUCCUUACGGAGUCCGAAACCCAGCAGGAUCUGAGCGCUGCUAUGAUAAGUGCUGUUAAACGCGGCUGUGUCCAAGCAGUAUCGCAAUUAUUGAGACAAGGCGCCUCGUUGGAUGUCAAGGAUGCUAAGCAAGAUAGUCUUCUACACAUCUCGUGUGCAUCCGGUGACGAAUCGAUGACGGGGCUCUUGAUCGAAAAUGGAGUAGAACUUGAUUCGACGAAUGAAAAAGGCCUGACUCCUUUGCACGUUGCAGCACGCAAUGGCCACAUUAAUAUCGUCAGACUUUUGUGUCUGUCUGGAUGCGAUGUUGACAAGACAAAUCGGGGAAUUCGGGCGGAUGUAACAGCUAUCAAAUAUGGACAUCUUGAAAUAGCUAAUCUUUUGGAUAAACUGAGAAGUGGAAAUCAACGAGAGAAUUAUGUAAAACAGCUACAGCCUACCCACAAGGCAAUUGAUCGCCUACACGUACGCCUGUUGGGACAUUGUGCCACAGGAAAAACGUCCUUGAUAAAUUCCUUGAAGUCUGGAAUAUUCAGUUUUGGAUUUUUCCGAAGAUCUAGGAGUCAAAAUUGCACAACCAAACGAGAACCAAGCAUUGAAUUGGAUGUAACGAGUAAGCACGGCUCAUUAAGCUUUGAAUACAGUGAUAACGAGUAUGAGGGGACUGUUGGUGUAGAAUGGAGUCGCGGUAAUGUUGGAGGGGAAUGCAUUUUUUGGGAAUUUUGCGGUCGUGAGGAUUUCUUAGCAUCUUAUCAUCAUGCUUUGACUCACCAAUUACCCGCCGUUCAUUUGAUAACGAUUAGCCUUCGAGAGCCCCUCACCGUUCAACUACAGCAGGCGCGUUUUUGGCUUCGUUUCAUUAUGGACAGAAUUCCGCCGAAAAAUAUUGGAUUUGCGGGAAAGUGCCAGGAUGUUAAGGUAAUCCUCAUAGGUACUUACGCCCCAGAGCUUCAGACACCAAAUUCCAAUGGAACCAAUUUUCUCGCUCCAUUGCUACAAUUUCUCCGAGAAUUCACCCCAAUUUUAGGUGAAGAGCCACAAGUGGUCGUACUAGACGCCACAAAUUCAUCGAAUCCAGGUGUCAAACUUCUUCGAUCCUAUCUGACAAAUGCGCGAAUGGAAUUCCUCGAGGAUGGACGGGAUGCAGCUGAAAGUAUUCUCCGUCGUGACAAGCCCCGGGCAGCGGCCAUGUACGCGCCAGUGGCAAAUCAUGAUAACCAGGGGGCAAUGGUAUGGACCGGAUUGGCUGAAUCCUGGAAAGCGCAUAUUCUCACACUCGAGGAUCCACCUUUGCUGUUGACACUUCAAGAAUUGCUUCUUGAAGUUAGGAAAAUUAAUCCACUGGUUUCCAUUGAGCAUUGCCGACAUUUGGCACAACAGCUACAGACGCUGGGAGAAGCGGUUCUCCUCCAAAACGAUUUAGUGGCUCUAUCUCCAGAAUGGUUGUGGCGAGAUGUGAUAGGCUGGCAAUUGAGUCCUGAGCAACGAGGUCGUUUAGGUGGUCGUACAACAGGUGUGUUUACACUCGAAGAUUUUCAAGCACGAUGUCCAUGCCCCGCGAACCAAGCUCUCCAGGUCCUUCAAGCAACGAACUUCUGCAUUCCCUGUGACGUGGAGGACGAUGAGCUCGAGUACGAAAUUCCCUGUUUGAACCUUGUGGAACGUCUGCCAGGUCUCUGGGAGCCUUGGAAGCCUUGCUCAACAACACUACCUCACGCAGGACUUCGAUUAUUCCCUGGGGAAGCUCCUCUCUAUCAUCUGACCCCAAUUUUUCCACAUUUGCAAUCACAAUUGAGAAAAAUUACACAGACAUGGGAUCCCAGAGAUUCUGAUCUGUAUCAGUGGUGGCGAGGGUCAAAACUCUGUGUGGGACCAUGCGAAAGUAUUAUAACUCUCGAAGAAGAAGACCAAGGGUACAUCGAAGUGAGGGUUCGGGGACCAAGAGGUUGUGGAUCCCAAUGUUUUGCACUCUUAGGAGUAGUUUUUGAUGCUAUCGAUGCUACCAUUGAAAUUGUAGCGCCUGCAUUACUUCUGGAGAAGCACUGGCUGUCUCCUAGCCAACUCAGAGAUUAUGACGAGGUUCUGCAUACGUGGGAGCCAGCGACCAUGUUGUCACUUUUAUUGGAGAAAGGAUUCGAUGAAGCUAAGUUAAAAAAUCCAUUCAAUGGACGUCAGGAGAGCGUUUGGGAAAUUGUCGGAUGUGGAACUGCUUUAUUGGAUACUUGUAUCCCUGGGACAAGGCAACCAGUUAAAUUCAUCAAGCCUGGGGUGCAGAGGAGAUUAGCUCAGAUGCUGGAUCCUCCUGAUCCUCAUGGAAAGGAUUGGUGUUUACUCGCAGUGAGACUGGGACUUGGUGAUCGCGUGGCUAAUUUGGAUAGCAAUGUGGAUAGUCCUACUCUGAGGUUAUUGGGAUGUGCUGGAACUGGAUGCACCGUUGGAUCCCUUGUGAAACAGCUUCGAGCCCUUGGUCGAGAAGACGCCGUCCACUUGUUACUGUCCCACACCCCAGUUUUUGUAUUAUCGAUGUCAAUUGAUUCAGAAACUGGCUCUAAUCUAUCAAGAUGACGGUGCUGCGAGCAUCGUCGGUGGAUCAAUACUUUUUAGAGCAUUUUCAGAGGGACUUUGGGGGAAUCAUAAACAGGGUUGUUGACCACCUUUUUUUUUGUAAAUAUUUUCAAAUUCUCAUCUUUCUCGUAUCGUUUAUUUUCGACGUGAUAUCAUCUCACGCAUUGUUCUCACAUGUUCAUCAUAUUUUUAUUGAACUAUUGUUCUGUCAUUCUUCCAUUAAUCUUAUACCCAUCUAUAAUUUAAUGCUCUCAAAUAGCAUAAUUAUCUCUUUAUACUUGAGGCUCACAACAGUCACUGCAUUUAUUUUUAAACUUAUCUAGAAAACAUUCCCCAUUAAAAUUCGUAAAAUGCUUUAUUUGUCUGGUAUAUCUACUUAAGUAAAGAAAAAAUCACUAAAUCAAUCUAUUAAUCGAAACUCCAAAGACUGCAUGAACCAACUAAUCGCGUUGUAUUCUACGCUAAUACUGAAUACUAGGGAAAAUAUAAAGGCAAGAGAAGAAUUAAACCGCGUGAAAAUUUCGUAGAGUUACUUGCCACGAAUGAGCGUCAAACCAAAACAAGACAUUCGAAAUGAAUAUAAUGCGUUCACUGCAGAAUUGUUCCCUCUGGGUUAUGCCCAGAUUAAUAUUUCAAUAAUGAUUAGAUAGAACUUCACGAUUGACGCUUGCAACACGGAUGGUUUAACUUAAUUACUCUUGUUCAGCUUUUGUAUCAAGUGUGUUCGAUACUUUAUAAUGAUUAUUAAUUAAAAAUACUGUGGAACAAAGAGAAAAAAAUUGUAUAAUGUACUAGUCUCGUUGGAAAAUUUUUUAAUUCAAUAAGUUUGAUUGAGCUGAAGCACCAAAAAAACCUUAUGGCCGAUGACAACGAGCUCCAACGUAUUUCGAAAGUAAUUCUAUUAUGUGAAGAGAGAAAACAGAACUAUAAUCAAUUGAUUGAGCGCAUCCUGAAGUAUCGGCUGAAGACUUAAUUAAUUAAUUGUAAUUUAGUCCGACGCGUCCAUAACUAAUUAAAGACAAUUUAUAUCAUAAAACAGAGAUAGGAUAUAGGUGGAGUAAUUCAUUUGGCUCAAUUAAUUCAAGUGAGAUGAGUAACUUUAGUCUGUGGUAUGAGCCUUUAUACGAGUUUAUACCAUUCGGAUGAUUGAUUAAAUUAAUAAAAAUAAUCAUGGAAUUGUGAGGGAGAUUUUUUCAAUAGCUCUGGAGCAAUGCGCCUUUGGACUAUCACUUUUUCGAUAAAAUAAGCAAAUGAUUUUCCAAA